CAAGAGGUUCUUGGAUUAGACUUUACGCCAAGUAGUCACUUCUGCCUACAACAUCAUUCUGUCAAUGUGAAGUCUAAAUCUGUGGAAUCCGACAUGAAGAAGUCCACAGAAACCUUGUGUUCUAGACAUUCUGAAGAAGAUUGUCAAGAGAACAAUAGCUGCUUAAACUCCUUGGGCAAUGCUUUUCUUCAGGGUAGAUCACAGGAGACAUUUCAUGAUGAAAAUAUGAAGAAGUCAGCCUCUGGAUCAGAGACUUUGGUACCAGACACUUUGGAGGAUAUACCUCUACCUGACAUGAAACUAACAAAGACAAAUGUAGUCGGUAUUAAGCUGCAGGUACCCUAUUUAAAUUCAGCAGACUUGUUUGACUGCCAAGGUGGGAAAAUAAGUGUAAAACACAAAGCUAAAUGCAAUGGUAAGCAAAGUCAUGCAAACCCAAAAGUGUACUCUUGUUCUGAAUGUGGCAAACAGUUCUCCUCCAAUGGGCAUCUUCAGACACACACAAGAGUUCACACUGGAGAGAAGCCCUAUUCCUGUUCUGAAUGUGGAAAACAAUUUUCGCAAUCAAACAACCUUAAGAAACACCAAAGAAUUCACACAGGAGAAAAGCCACAUUGCUGUUUUGAAUGUGAUAAGCAGUUUUCAGAUUUAAGUACUCUUCUAAAUCACACAAGGAUUCACACAAGAGAGAAGCCGUAUUGCUGUUUGGAUUGUGGCAAAGGAUUCUUACGCCGGAGCACUCUGCAGCGACACAUAAGUAUUCACACUGGAGAGAAGCCAUACUGCUGUUAUGAAUGUGGCAAACAAUUUUGUGAUAAAGGCAGUCUUCAGUCACACAGAAAAAUUCACACUGGAAAGAAACCAUAUGUCUGCUCUCAGUGUGGCAAAGGGUUCUUGCACCGAAGCUAUCUUCAGAGGCACACGGGAAUUCAUGCUGGAGAGAAGAAAUUUUGUUGUUCUGAAUGUGGCAAGCAAUUCUUACAAUUAAGCCAUCUUCAGACUCACAUAAGAAUUCACACUGGGGAGAAGCCAUUUUGCUGUUCUGAAUGUAGUAAAAGAUUCUCUAACAAAUACAACCUUGAAUUACACACAAGGAUUCACACUGGAGAAAAGCCUUACUGCUGUUCUUACUGUGGCAAACGUUUCUCUGUAAAACGCAGUCUUCAGAUACACAUAAGAAUUCACACUGGAGAAAAGCCACAUCGCUGUUCUGAAUGUGGCAAAGGAUUCUCCCAAAUAUGCCAUCUUCAGAGACAUACAAAAAUUCAUUCUGGAAUUGAUCACCUAAAGACAAAACAAAGUAAAGUUGCAAGACUAAUGCAGUGAAAAAUAUGCAAACAAUACAACUUGCUGGCACAGCAGAAACACGGGGACUACCACCUAGCCAGAAUAAUGGAAAAGAAGGAGGUACUUGUCAUGUAUGACACACUAGUCCCAACCGAUGGAAGCAGUGAUGCCAGGAAAGUAGUCUAACAAAUCAGAUGAAGCCUGAAUAACAGUACCAUAUGUUUACUCAGUGCUGAGAGUGAAGAGACAAAAACAACAAAGAAUUAGGUGAUGCAAGUGAAAAUAUGUCAAAUGUGGAAUAAAACCACCAGUUCUGUUUUAAUUCUGUUAGUGGUGAACCUAAAAAAAAAAAAAUAAUAAACUCUUCCAAGCCCAUGUGGCAAUUUCUGUCACCCCAACCCAAAGAAGAAGUAAAGGAAGAAUUAUUGAGACCAUUUAUACGAACUGUGGAAGAAAUAGUCACCUUAGAUAUACAUAUACAGUGCAUCCAGAAAGUAUUCACAGCGCAUCACUUUUCCACAUUUUGUUAUGUUACAGCCUUAUUCCAAAAUGGAUUAAAUUCAUUUUUUUCCUCAGAAUUCUACACACAACACCCCAUAAUGACAACGUGAAAAAAGUUUACUUGAGGUUUUUGCAAAUUUAUUAAAAAUAAAAAAAUUGAGAAAGCACAUGUACAUAAGUAUUCACAGCCUUUGCUCAAUACUUUGUCAAUGCAACUUUGGCAGCGAUUACAGCCUCAAGUCUUUUUGAAUAUGAUGCCACAAGCUUGGCACACCUAUC